GUUUAUGGAGGUUAUCAUACUGGGAAACAAUUUGUUUAUCGGGAUUUUUAAUAAUGUUUUAAAUUUAAAUCGGUGUUUUUAAGCGUUGAAGAAUGGAGCAAAUCGAAGACGAAAUUAGCAGUAUGGACGAGGAAACGAUUUCUCUGUUCAACAACGGCUCGUCGUCGGAAAGAAAAUCCGAAGAAUUCGACGAUGAUAUCGAAGAUACGCGCUCGGAAUUGAAAUUCGACAGAGCACUGGAAACCGAAGAGGAAACCCACAAGAGACUGCUGAUAGAAGACGCUUUGACUGGCGAUGUUAGUACGGUGAAAACUUGGCGAAAUUUCGCUAUUACUCCCUACGGAUUAGUAGCAGAUGAUUUGCGAUGCAAAGUUUGGCCGCUGUUGCUCGAAGUUGAUCCAAGUUCAAACGAAAAAAUCCCUUCUUUAGAAGAAUUGUCUAGUCAUAGCGAAUACCAACAAGUCGUGUUAGAUGUUAAUAGAUCGUUGAAACGAUUUCCUCCAGGCAUUCCAUACAAACAAAGAUUAGCGCUACAAGACCAGCUAACCGUACUGAUAUUAAGAGUUAUUAUUAAAUACCCACAUUUACGAUACUACCAAGGGUACCACGACGUAGCCAUUACGAUACUACUAGUCGUAGGUGAAGUCGUGGCUUUCAGAAUAAUGGAGAAACUCAGCACGACCCAUCUACGCGAAUGCAUGGAACCCACCAUGGAAAAAACCUCGUACAGAUUAAAUUACAUCUACGCUCUACUAUCCAAAGUCGACGUGGAUUUACACAAUUUCCUCGACAGAGCCGGAAUAGGCACGAUGUUCGCGUUGCCCUGGUACCUGACGUGGUUCGGGCACUCGUUGAACCAAUACAGGGACGUGGUGCGACUGUACGAUUUCUUCCUGGCCUCGCCCGAGAACAUGUCCAUCUACGUGGCCUCCGCUUUAGUGAUACACCGGCGACAAGAAGUGUUUGCGGAGCUCUGCGAUAUGGCAAGCGUGCAUUGCCUGCUGUCGCAGAUACCGGACAAUUUGGAUUUCGAGGGGAUUUUGUCGAAGGCCUCGGAGUACUACAAGAAGUUCCCGCCGAAUAAGCUGGAGGAUUUGGUGAAGAGGCGCGUGCAGAAAGAACUGGAACAGCGCAAGAGGGACGAGCAAAACAUGAGGAACAGAUUGAAUAGGAACAAAAGUAUCUGGCAUAAAGUUAACAAGAACUUACCGGCUUGGUUCGUGUUCAACGGGAAGUACGGGUUAUUGUUCGCCGCCGCCACUGUGCUCUUGGGGUACAUUUAUUAUAUGAAAAUGGCCGAGGGUCGGAAUCCGUUGAAAAGGUCAGUGCGGUGCAUUGGUGUUUCAUGAAAAAUAAAAAUUAAAUUUAUAUUCGUUUUUUAGUUUGUUUAAUACAUGACGAAUACUGGGACCCGGAAGCAUUAGACAUAUGACACAUCAAAGGUUUUAUACGAUUUUUUAAUUUAUUUUUUUUUUGUAUAUUGUAUAGCGGGAAUUAAUACAUUUAUAUAUGUUUAUAUUAUAAUUUAUUAGCUUUGUAUAGUUAAAUGAUAAGAUGUAAUUCGA